AUGUCAACUCCACCAACGCACUCGACCAAGCCCAUCGUUGGCCAAACGGUGGUCUCCAAACCCUCAAUCGAAGAUCCUUCCAACACCUCCACUCGACGCACCGAGACCGAAGAAGUACCCAUAGCCACCGAUGGCCUUCACCGCCGCCUCAGUAACCGCCAGGUCCAGCUCGUCGCCAUCGGGGGCUCCAUAGGCACGGCCGUCUUCGUCAGUAUGGGCGGCGCCCUUCAGCGUUCCGGGCCGGGCAGCCUUCUUCUGGCGUUUGUCAUCUAUACGAUCAUUCUCUCGCUGUGCAAUAACUGCAUGGCCGAGAUGUCUGUUUACAUGCCCGUAAGCGGCGGGUUUGUCCGACUUGCGGGGAAAUGGGUCGACGAUGCGUUCGGCUUUAUGGCCGGCUGGAACUUCUUCUUCUACCAAGUCUUUCUGAUACCGUUCGAGAUUGUGGCUUUGACGCUGGUGGUUUCGUACUGGAACGACAAAAUUCCAGUCUACGCGAUUUGCGUUGGGUGCAUUAUACUCUAUGGCCUCAUUAACGUUUUUGCCGUCGGCGUUUACGGAGAAGCCGAAUUCUACCUCUCCGGCGGCAAAGUCAUUCUGCUCGCGAUGCUUCUGGCUUUUACUCUAAUCACUAUGGCGGGAGGUAACCCGCAGCACGACGCCUACGGCUUCCGAGCCUGGUCCGCCGGUUACUUUGCCGAAUACGUCAGCACCGGGCCCCUCGGGAAAUUCGAAGGCUUCCUGUCCGCCCUUUGGACCGCAUCCUUCACCUGCGUCGGACCCGAAUACGUCUCAAUGAUGGCCGCCGAAGCCAAACAUCCUCGUAUUUACGUGAAGACGGCCUUCAAAGCAGUCUACUGGCGCAUCUGGAUCUUCUUUGUUGGGAGCGCCCUGGCCGCUGGGAUCGUCGUCAGUCAUAAGGAUCCGACUCUCGUCGCGAUUUACACGGGAAAAGGGGGCUCCACUGGCAGCGCGGCUGCAUCGCCUUAUAUCAUCGCGAUGGGCAACCUCGGCAUCGGUAUCCUGCCUCACGUUGUUACUUUCUUCUUGGCUACCACCAUUUUCUCGGCCGGCAGCGCCUAUACUUAUUGUUCUACAAGAACGCUCUAUGGUCUGGCACUCGAGGGGAGGGCCCCGCGCUUCCUGACCAAGACGACGAAGAAGGGGGCCCCGAUUUACUGCCUUACCGUGGUCAUGGCCUUUCCUCUCUUCUCGUUGUUGCAGCUCUCGAGCUCGUCGGCAAAGGUACUCGACUGGCUGAUUUCGCUGACAACCGCGGCAACUAUCAUUGACUACAUCGUCAUUUGCGUCACAUACAACUGCUUUCACAGGGCCUGCAAGACGCAAAACUUUGACCGCUCUCGUCUCCCUUACAUCGGUCGGUUUCAGCCGUAUAGCGCGUACAUUGGCCUGGUCUGGAUGACAUGUGUCGUGAUUUGCUACGGCUACCGGUCACUCAGUCCGUUUGACCCAGCUUCUUUCUUCAUACAUUACACGAUGGUUCUUCUAGCGCCUCUUCUGUUCUGUCUCUGGAAGUGCUACAAGGGUACGAAAACCCUGCGGCCGGACGAGGUCGACCUCGUGUGGGAUGCCCCUCGAAUAACCGCGUACGAGGAGCUGCUGAGCGAGGUUGAUCCUCCCAUCGGAUUCCUACAAGAUAUAGCCAACCACUUCUCGGUCAAGAGGCUUAUCAAAAGACGUGAUGCCACCGCCGUAGUGUGA